AUGUCGCUGAGAGUGGCCCUCGUGGCAUUGGCUGCUAUUGCAAACACAGUGCAUGCUCAAGAUGGAACCACUCAAGCGCCAUGCUCACAACUCAGUGCUCUCUCGACAGAUAAUGCAACAUUCUUCCCUGCCGACAUUACACUUUCGUGUCUGCGCUCUGUACCACUAGCGAAAGAAGACGAUCGGCUUCAACUCAAGGGCCUGCGUACAUUCCUCGAAUUCCAAAGUGAUCUGGAAUAUCUUGCGGAUCCUACCAUCGGCCGUAUCUAUCCUGGAGUUGAUCUCUUAGCCGGCUUGGACAAACUCACUUCGAUGCUGCAAGACGAUAGCUACGACAAUGAGUACGACUUCCAGUUGGACAUCUUCAAGCUCUUCUCGUCUGCCUAUGAUGGCCAUCUAUCCUAUACUCCUGAUAUUGUGGAUGUGUUUGCUUUUGCCAGGUUGCAGAAUGAAGAUCUGAGCGAUGAGGGAAUACCUUCCUACUUCUCGCUAAUUUCGGUAAGUCGUGACUGGCGAGAANNCGACACUCCAGAUAUCUAUGCCUACAGUGACGAAGCUGCGCUGACCAACACUGGAAACGUCGACUACAGUCCUUCACCCAUCACCAAGAUCAAUGGCGAGGAUGUCUUGGCUUGGGUUAACAGCUACGCUUCCCAGAAUGGCCGGUCCCAAGACCCCGAUGCAAACUACAAUGGAAUCUUCUUGAAUAUCCCGGCAUUGGCAUACCAGGAUAUCGAGUCAAACUACUUUGCUCUUUCAAGAUUCUAUCAAGGCAACAAUACCGUGCUUACCUUUGCUAACGGAUCCACUCUUGAUGUCAUGACCAGAGCGCAAUUAUUGGCUGGCAAGAAAUUGGAGGGUCUCACCGAUGGUGCGAGCUUCUUUGACAGAUUCUGCAACCAGAAUCUCACCGAGUCGAUCCUGGCACAGGCAAACUCUUCGAGUACGGCACCUGCCUCCAACGACACUCAAGUACCGUUCGAACCUGUCUCCACCGAUGGUGUUGCAACACCACACCCAGCGUACCCAAGCCCGAUUGUCAUCUCUUCUGAUAAGAGUGUUGCUGGUUAUCUCUCCGACACCUAUCCGGAUCUUGCCAUCCUUUCUGUACCUAGCUUCUCUUCCGUCUCCCCUGUCGAGUUCGAAAAUGUUGUUCGUCAAUUGCUGGCAACCGCAAAUGAAGAGGAACGGACGAAACUUGUGAUUGAUCUUCGUGGCAAUGGCGGAGGCACCAUCUUCUUAGCCUACGAUCUCUUCCGUCAGCUCUUCUCCACCGAAAUUCCAUACGGUGCAGGAAACUAUCGUGCAAGUGAACUGCACAACGUCACAGGAAACGUUGCAAGCGAGAACAUCGACCAGCUUCGCUCAGCUUACCCCGAAUUAGUCAAGGCCGGUGUCGAUGGGGUUAUUCUCAACAGUUUCAACUACCGCGAGCCUUUGACUGUGGAUAACAAGCAGUUUACUUCUUGGGCGGACUUCUUUGGACCACAUCAAAACGACAGAGGAAACUUUACUUCGCUCAAUCGCUUCAAUCUUACGGAUAUUUCUGCUACAAGUGUGCCUAUUCUUGGCUAUGCGGAUGACAACAUAACACAACCCCGGACCUUUUCACCUCAAGACAUAGUUCUCCUUCACGAUGGAACAUGUGCUUCUACCUGUGCCAUCUUUAGCGAGUUCAUGACUUCUCAAAUGUCCACAUGGAGCGUCGCCGUCGGUGGUCGUCCUCAAACCGGACCUAUGCAAGGUGUCGGCGGUGUCAAAGGCUCCCAAGUCCAAGGCAUGUUUAUUCUCUCCGCAAUCAUCAGUGCCGUGAUCAGCGCCGCACCUCUCGGCGAACAAUUGUCUUUCCUGUCUGAAUUCGGCACCGAUUUGAUCACCGCCACGCAACAAGCACUCAACCGUGCUUCGGCUGGUGGCGCUCUGCUCGUAAAAGCAAGCGUCAACUUCCGCAACAACAUCAGGAAGGACGAUGAGAGUGAGACACCCUUACAACAUAUCUACGAAGCAGCGGAUUGUAGAUUCUUCUAUACGCCACAGAUGUAUGCCGAUCAAGCUGCUGUAUGGGAUCAAGCGUACGAUUCCACUUGGGGAAGUAUGUCAUGUGUCGAAGGAUCUACCGAGCAUCCAUCUUCCGUGACUGGAGGUGGAAAUAUCACUGCUGGCCCUCCAGAAACGGCUAACAACUUCUUUGGAGGCAGCGAGACUAUCCUUUUGGGAGGAGAGUUGGGAAGUGUGUUGAAGAAUGCUAGUUCAGGAGACAGUGGUAGCUCUGGUUCUGGAAACGGCACCAACUCUGGUAAUGGCACUAAUGGUGGCAAGAACGAUGAUGAGGACGACAAGAGUGGAGCUGGUAUGCUGGCGGCACCCUUGCUUCUGACUUCAUCUUUGGCAUUGAGUGUUGCUCUGCUGUAUCUGUAG